AUGGGGAAGUGGUGGGAGUGGUGGGAGAGGGAGAAGGUUGAUGGAGAGGUGGAUAGAUGGGAAUGGAGUCGCUUUUUGGUUGAUUAUGAUGAUGGAUGUAUAAUGGAGGAAGAAAAUAAAACUUUUAAUAUCUCCAAGGUCAACAGCGUCUACGGAGGUAUAUGGAUUUCCAUAUACGUCUGUAUGAAGAAGCAUGGAAGCUUCACACAAUACCUAGAUACCCAGGAUGAUGAUGUUGAUUAUGGUGAUGAUGGUGAUGAGAUGAGGGUUGGUGUGGAGUUGGAGUUGGAGUUGGGGUUGGAGUUGGAGUUGGAGUUGGAGUUAUUUAUGGAGUAUUGGUUGGUAAAUUGUAAUUAG